AUGCUCCGACAUGCAGCAACGGAUGUGAGAGCAACGACAAGGGUCAUGGCGAAUGGGCUCCGUGCCUCCCUAUUAUGGAAUGGAACAUGGAAACACGUAGUCGUAUAUCCUGACAACCGUGCCAUUCAUAGUGCGCCUCUUCUGCUCACUCAAGCGGAGCUGCCCGGCGCCGUAGCAGCGACGGUAAACGAGGCAGAUGCGAGUCCAAGGGACAACGCAAACGGCACAAGAUUUCUCCCACCUAUGAAAAAGUACCCAAUCCCGCGAGAAGAGGCACUAUCCAUCUUAGAGUUCAUCGCUCGUGCGCUGGCGCACGGCGAGGGACCGUCAGGCCACUCGGUUGAUUCAUUCCGGGUGUGUUCAAAACAAUGUGAGAUGGACGUUUUGGGAAUACUUGAGCGAGGGAAUGUUCCUGUAUCUGCAUUGCGAAAACUUGCAUCAGCCGUGCUUCAAAUGAACUAUGAGCCACAACGCCUGGCCAUAGUUGGCGUGAUGUACGGAAUCGCUUCGCGACGUGGGGACGAAGACGCUAGGUAUUCAUGGGCCACAAUGGUUAUGGAGGGACUUCUAUCCACGCAUUCGAAGCAAUUGGAUGUACUUCAGGCCGAAGCAGCCACGGCAGCGUACUCACAACUUGCGCGCAAAGGUCACGCUCGGGCCCAAUUUGGUAUGGGGCGUCUUGUACUGGCGAAAGUACUGAGCAAGACAGGUGCCGAUGCAGCAGACAAACAGGUGCAGAUGGCAGUGGAUUUAUGGCAGCGGGCUGGAAGGAAUGGGUAUGCGGAAGCGUGGUAUGAACUUGGGCAACUGUACCACGGUGGUCAGUUUGUUCCCCAAGACAAGUUGCGAGCACUUACGUGCUUUGAACAUGGUGCACGUGGUGGAAGUGCGCAAGCAAGUCACGCCCUAGGCACUAUCUAUCUCACGCGUGCGCGCACCCAGGCAGAUCGUGCUGAAAUGGCAAACGCAGCAAAUUCAUCUGCUUUGGCUGCUCGCUAUUUUUUGCAAGCAGCACAAAAGGGACAUGCGGCGAGUGCCUACAACAUGGGCUUGCUGUACAUGCGAACAUCUAUGUCGGAAAAGGAGCAUAAAGCCCGGCAAGGUGUCUUACCAGACAAUCGAAGCGCACGAGAAUGGUUUGCAGCAGCAGCGUCAAGGCUGUUUCUUCCUGCCAUGAUGAACUACGGCGCGAUCCUCAUGGAAGGCCGCGGUAGAGAUGACACUGACACGCCUGCUUCUGACUUGGAAGAGGCCAGACUCGUAUACACUCGAGCUGUGAAACUCUGUCAGAAGAUCGAGCAGCAACAACAGGAACGCUCAUCGUCCGCUACACUAAGGGGAGUGUCUGCCGCCGUGAAACCUGACCAUGACACGUCUGCCACAGCACGGCAUAUGAUGGAGACCGCUCGUGCAGCGCUCAAGAUCCUUGAUAAGCAACUUCUUUCGUCACCGACCGGCACGCCAUCAUCAUCUUCGGCCGCUGCCUCGUCUUUGGAAGCUAGUCCUCAAAGAGGCGGUUCAUCUCAUUGGCUUUCUUCCAACUGUACUAUCAUGUAG